CUGCUAAAAUUACUUGUUCAAGAUAUUUUUGCAAAAUCUUUUUUUAUUAGAAUAAAAUUAAUUAUUUAAACCAAAAAAGCACAAUUAAACAUGACAGAAGUAGCAAUAAAUCCUGUAGCUGAAAAACUUAAGUUAGGACCACGAGAGGGUGUUACUUAUCCCUUAGUGGUGAAAUAUUGUGGUAACUGUUCCAUGCCCAUAGAGUAUUGUGAAUAUUAUCCUGAAUAUGAAAAAUGUAAAGCUUGGUUGGAAAAGAAUUUACCAACAGAGUUUGAGCGAGUGAUAUUGGAGGAAGAAGCCGGCGAUGGCACAGAUGAUGACAAGAAAAGACAAAAACGUGGUGGUAAAGGUUUAAUGAAAAUCAAGAAGAAAGAAGAGGUAAACAAAAGAAUUACAGUGUCAAGAGCUCCAAGAGGCAAGAAGAAGUCUGUAACAGUGGUAACUGGUUUAAGUACUUUUGAAAUCGAUUUGAAGGUGGCUGCCAAAUUCUUUGGCUCAAAAUUUGCAUGUGGUUCUUCGGUAACAGGCGAAGAUGAAAUUGUCAUUCAGGGCGAUGUCAAAGAUGAUCUAUUCGAUGUUAUUCCCGAUAAAUGGCCUGAAGUUGAUGCCGAUUAUAUUGAAGAUUUAGGAGAUCAAAAGCGUUAAAAUAUUAUUUUCACAAUGCUUAACAGAAACAAUAAAAAACUAGAAGCAUUUUAAAUAAAUAAAAAAUAA